ACCUCAAAUCAAGCCAACUGCCGGUUUCCUUGAAACGCUGUCAAAAAGUACUUUGUCGUUUGUAUCUUGUUACCCGUUUAAAUUUUCAAAGCAUAUCGUUUUUUUCGCCAGAGUAUAUGGGUUUGUAAAUUUUAUUUGAAUUAAGUCCUUUUUGCCUAUGAAUUUGUUGCCGAAUUAGCACCACAAGCCUCUGGUUUAGAGGCUUUAUAAGAUCUUCUCAGUGACAGACUGCUAUGAAAAUAAGCCACAUAACUUGGAGUUGAUUUCUAGUGUGAGAGAUAUAAACAGCCGCCUUGAAAGGUAACCUGUAAUAGGAAGUUGUCAACAUGUCCCCUGAGGAGGAUACUUCUCAUUCCUCCUCUUCUUCCUCCUCCUCAUCACCUCCCCAUACCUCCCACUUCAUUGGGAGGAAGGAGGAUAUCAUAAAAUCUGGGCGUGUGACCAAGUUGGUGAAUGGAUGCAGGGAUGUGUUGGUUCUGUACCACCAGGAGCAGUUUUAUGCUAUGGACAUGCACUGCUACCAUGCUGGUGGUGCUCUACAGAAUGGAGACAUUGAGGAGUUCAAUGGGCAGCUGUGCAUCGUCUGUCCAUGGCACAAGUACAAAAUUACUCUGGAGGAGGGGGAAGGACUUUAUCAAGCUGUGGAUGAUCCUACAGCUAAACCUCUAAGGACACACUGGCGCUCAAAAGGAGUCAAACAGAGGAUUCACAAAGUCACUGAGGUGAAUGGAGAUGUCUUUGUGACACUGAAUGACUCCAGCGAGGCCAUCGAGUCGGACGUUUACCAAACCGAGAAAUAUAGGACUUUGUUCCAGAAGAAUCAGCCAAAACCCAGACCAAGAAAAUAGAUGGACGUGGAUUGUUUCACCAAAAUUACUAAAAUACUCCAGGGAAAUUUGGGAUGUUUUCUUGUCAUUCUCUUAACAGCAUAUCACAUCCCCUUGCUUUUUUUUUAAUAUUUCUUAUCACAAUAAUAAAAGAAUGUGAGCAGAAAAGCUAAUAAGAUUGUGGUAAGUCAGUCUAAAACCACUGAAGAAAUAUUUGACAAAAACUGGUGAUUGCAGAUAAAGCACUUUUAAACAAAAGUUAUAGGAUGAAUUUCUUGUUAAUUUGUUAGUUUCAUGAUCCCUUUACCAAAUAACACCUUUAACAAACUUU